CAGAGGCGAUUCAUACGAUAUGUUGCGUGUUGGCAGUAUCAAUCAAAAGUCCGAAGAAUCAAGUUGUGUAACAUACAAAUCAGUGCUUUAGUGUACAUGCGUUAUUCUUGUGAUGGAUUUCAAAUUUAAAUUUGUUGUUUUUGCACUAUGCCUCUGCUCCGGCUUUUGCACAAAAGUGGACGACGAUAACGAACCCCCUGCCGGCUACUAUGCGUUCGUCGAGUCGCCCCAAGCGCAGCCUCCGGGCGUUCGGCCGCCGCCCUACACUCACGCCGACGAAGACUGCCGGGACGCGGGCAACACGAAGCCCUUCGUCAGCGCCCACAAUCUAUGCGGGGACCUGAACAAGGGCGUCAUUCCGAGGAAUCCUAUGCACAAGAACGUUAUGGGGGAUCCUUAUCCAUUCGAGUUAAUAAGAAACCAAACGCUGAGAUUUCUCUCGCGAACUUUGCCAAUUUUGAAAGCAGAUGAGUUACUACCCAAGAUAACGCAAAUGCAAGAAUCUGAAGAGCCACUGGAACCUGAGUAUGAUAAUGAAAUCACGCAUGGACCAAUAAAUCGUUCAGCGAAAAACAUACGAGAACCAAAAAAAUUCUGCGAUGGUGGCGGAGUAUUCUGUGCCUUAUACCGUGCAAUCCAAGGUGAACCGGCCUCCAGAGGAUCCAUACUGGUCGAACGGCGCGAUGAACCAGUACAUGACGCUGCAAGUGGUGCCGGAGCUUCGGUGCGAUACGAGGGUCCUCCGACGCCCUGCCCGGCCAAGGUCGAAUACGCUACACCUGUUUUUGCCAAAAACUACCAGGGCGCUUGGCGAUAUGUUGUGCAGAUACCAUACGAGGGUUAUUUCACUCAAACUGUUGAAAUUACUAAAUGCCUACAAGCAAGGUGUCACUAUUUAGACGGAGGAUGUUUGAGCUCUCCGCGCUGGGUCAGUUUGCUAGUUGCGGAAAUCUUCUAUCCCCAAAAUGAAGAACCUUUAAGUGCGACCACGUCUACUCCGCCAGUUCAAGACUUCCAAGCCUACCAACAAUAUCUGCAGAAACGGGCAGUAGGAAAUCAAGAGAGUGCUAAUGCAAAGCAAACUCAUUGCGAUGGCCAAGAUGAAAUUGGAUGCUUUCAAGUUAGAUUAUAUUACGACUGGUUUUUGAUUCCUGGAUCAUGUAAAUGCUGGAGACCAGAUUAUUUCACUCGCUACAUGAGAAAGAAGAAUAAUGGAGCAGAUUUGUAGGCUUAAGUAUAUAUUAGGUAAUUAUAAUAGAAUUUUGUUGAUUGAUUAAAUCGGCUUUGCCUUGUUAAUGUUUUGGUAGAGUAUUGGCAGAAUAUGUUUGGUACAAAUUUUGAAAUUCAUAAUAUAAAGGUAUAUUUAUGAGUGUUGUUUCAUCGUUGUAUUUGUUGUUCAUAUGAAUGGAAUAAUUUUUAUAAUUUA